AUGUCUAGCACGUCCAGAAGAGACCGUGCUUUUGCGGCAUUCUACCAAUCUUCAUCAGAGCAAACCAACAGGAUCGCUCGCUGCAUCAAUAAGCUACUCAUGGGAGAUGUUGUUGACGAACUGAUAGCAGCCCACGAUGAUCUUACCACGGCUCUCCGAUUCUUGGAGUCAGAGGUUGGUUCAUCUGGUUUACCACCAGCGAUCGCAGAAGCUUCUCGACAGCUCUGCGAGUUGUCUGGCGUUUGGCGAGCGGCAAUGCCUGGCUUCGAAAUAGAGUUGCUAUUGUCCAUCAAUGGCAAUAUGGAGAAAUGGGAGGAUCCAUUUCGUUUGGUCCCAACAUUCGACUCAGGUAGCCUGCCCUUAACAGCGCAACCACCAUCCUCGGCCCAAGAAGAGCGAGGACUACAAUUUCCGCCUACCGCAGACUACCUAGCGGUCAUGAGUCCCAAAGGUCCACCGAAAGAGGAUCACCAGCAUACCACAGCAUAUCCCCAGCAACAGAGUCGCACUACCAACAAUUCCGCCAGUAGCAAUCCAAACCCCACCCAUUCAUGGGAAACGCAGGUGGGCACGGAAGAGGCUAUUGAAGAUCGCCAUACGAAGAACGCACAAAGACCCCUGACAUGCGCAGCUACUGAGCAAUUGACCGCCACUCCUCCCAUUCUCAGUUUUGCCGAAAUCACGUCCCAGGCAACCAGGUUGAUCGAAAAUGCCUCCAUCACCAGUUCUGCCUUCCACGCCCCUCAAGGUGAGUUGGACACAAACCUCUUCACGACGGCAGCGGCCGAGUUGAUUGCAAAUGACUCCAUCGCCGGUCCUACCAGUCACGCCCCUCAUGCAACUGGGGAACUGACCUCGAAUGCGUUAAAACAACACAUGGAAGGAAUCCAGUAUGAUGGGUCCCCAACUAAGCAGGGCAGUGACCAACACGAGCAAAACGAGCAGUACGAGCGCCACGACCCAAACGCGGGAGACGACGAGGACGAGCAGGGCACAACACGACAGAAGGGAUUAUUUUAUCCCCUUGGACAUGACGGCGAAUUUGAUGAGACAAAACCCUACGUCCGCGACGCCGACAUAGACCGAAGCACCGCAAGCAUGACUCUUUCUGAUCGGAGGUCUGCCGAAAGCCGAGAUCACAGAAACUAUGAGCUGUAUAAUACUCCAGUCGCCGAAGUCGGCAUACAGUUAGCGACCAGACCGGAACCUCACAUGGAUCAGAACAGUUUCCCUAUGUCCGCCUUGCCACUCGACAGAGGGGAUCCCCGCGCUGCGGAAUCCGAUAUGCCAGGUCGUCUGAAAAGAGAACGCCCUAGCACUUUGGGCUUGGAGGAAGCAGAGGCAGGACCUUCCGGGCGGCGAUGA